AUUCAUGUCCUUCAGGAUGUCUUUUAUCUUUCCUCAUGCUUCACUUAAAUUAAUUAUAGACUGCACCAAGCUGUUUCCCAUGCCUUUGCUUUUGCUCCUAACUUUGACCAGUGGCCAUUGGUUCUUACUUUUAAAAGCUUCCCACUUUAUCUAUCUCCUGCUUACAAAUUCUUAUCCUAUGAAAUAAGAUGACAUCUGCUUACAAGUUCUUCAGAAAGUCCACUAAUUCAAUUUUCCACAUGUUCAAAUUUGACUUGUAGUAGCCAUAAAUGUAAUCCAUUCUACACAUGUUUUAUGUUUUCGGUCUUCUUCCUUACCCCGUCUCUCUUUCCCUCCACAUCCGGACGUGUUCAUGCCUCGCCCGCCUUUCAUUAUUUAUAUGCAAUCAUAUUUGCAAAAGAUCCGCCCCUUCCACGUCUCAACCCAUCAUAUGCAGCCACGGGCACGCACUGUCGUCGAACCUUCGAGAAGAGGAACCGAAUCGAAGCUUCUCGGUCUGAUCCAUCCACCGAAUCAUCCUUCGCCGUUGGAUCAUAUUCCACUUACUCCAUUACAAUUCCUCCUCUGCCCACCGAAACUAUUAGAAAGCUUCAAGAUCUUUCCCCCGUCGCCUUUCGAACUGUGAAGACUCGCGAGCGGCGUGCGAAGAUGACCCUUGCGGCGGAGCCGGCGGAGGGGCAGCAGCGGUCGCUGCCGACGCCAUUCCUGACAAAGACGUACCAGCUAGUGGACGACCCCGCGGUGGACGACGUGGUCUCGUGGAACGAGGACGGGUCGACGUUCGUCGUCUGGCGGCCGGCGGAGUUCGCGAGCGACCUCCUCCCUAAGUACUUCAAGCACAACAACUUCUCCAGCUUCGUCCGCCAACUCAACACCUAUGGAUUUCGGAAGAUCGUGCCGGAUCGAUGGGAGUUCGCCAACGAUUGCUUCAGGAGAGGCGAGAAGCGCCUGCUUCAAGACAUCCACCGCAGGAAGACCUCGACGGCGGCGCCACCGCUAGCGCCCGCCACGAUCCCGGGGACAGCGCAUGUGCGACGGGCCAGAUCGUCGACGUACUCGGGCGAGGAGCAGGUGCUGUCAUCGAAUUCCUCCUCCGGGCCGCCGCCGAACCACUCGGCCACGACGCGUCCCCGCGGCGAGGCGGAGCUGGGGGAGGAGAACGCGUGGUUGAGGAAGGAGAACGAACGGCUCUCCCGCGAGGUGGCGCAGAUGAAGAAGCUAUGCAGGGAGAUCGCAACGCUAAUAUCAAGGCACGCGUCGGGCCGGCAGGAGCGCGGCGAAGGGGUGGAAGGCCAGGAGGCGGCCGCGCCGUUGCUAGAGCUGAUGCCACCUGGUCCCGCGGCGGAGGAAGUGGAAGAGGAGGAAGAAGCCACGAAGAGUGAGGUGCCUCCGUCGCAGCCGGGAGCAAGCCCGAAACUCUUCGGUGUGUCGAUCGGGGUGAAACGACCUCGGUUGGAGGACGGCGACGGCCCACCCGUAUCGCAGGAGGUAAAAACGGAGUCGGUCGAAUCCGCGUGGCCAAACCCGAAGGAUGUGUCGCCAGAACGCGGCGGCCGGCAGCCGUGGGUCAUCCACUGCCCCCGGCCGUCCCGGAAAGCAUGCAUCACGCCGGACCGGCCGAUCGACGACGGGGCGCGCACGUGACUGCGGGGCGACAUCACGUGUUUCUAACUGCACAUAAAAUAGUACUUAGUAAUAAUGAGAUAAAAAAUUUAUCUAAUUUAGUAGGAUAUUUUGGAGUCUUGUAAUAUAUAUAUAUAUAUAUAUAUAUCUUGUUUGAACUCAGGGACGCGGUCAGCGAACGCGUGGGAGAGGUCUCAUCCCUUCAUCUAUCACGCGGUUUAGGGUUCGUACCAGAGGACGAUCCGCGUCAUCUUGGGUGCUGACAAGCUGGAUUUGACAUCCCAAUUGGUACUAAUUCAAACUUAAUUAACUUGCCCUCCUUUCCCUUCUUAA